CAAAUCAAAGAGGGCGAGCAGAGAAACCGAACGUACGAAAUCCGAAUUAACUCGCUGGAGUAGCAUAAGCUGGGAGAAGAAAACAUGGGUGUUCAAAUUGGGGGGCUAAUAGAGAAGGUGAGCGGGAAAAAAGUGGGGUACAAUGAGUUCGUGGAGAGGUACAUGGAGAAGAACCAGCCUGUGGUGCUCACAGGUCUCAUGGACGAUUGGAGGGCUUGCAGAGAUUGGGUCACCGACAAUGGCCAGCCAAAUCUUCAAUUUUUCGCUACCCAUUUCGGAAAAUCCAAAGUUCAGGUUGCAGAUUGUGGUACUAGAGAAUUCACAGAUCAGAAGAGAAUGGAAAUGACCGUUGCGGACUUUGUUGAGCAAUGGGACCCCGUUCAGGAGCAUAGUAAUGCUUCAAGUCAUGAAGCUACGAGCAAGGAGUUGCUAUAUUUGAAGGACUGGCAUUUUGUUAAGGAGUACCCAGAAUACGAAGCCUACACAACUCCGGUGCUCUUUUGUGAUGAUUGGCUCAACAUGUAUCUUGACAAUUAUCACAUGCAUAAUGAUCCCAACAUUUACUCAGAAAAUAACGAAAUAAGUUGCUCUGAUUAUCGUUUCGUUUACAUGGGAGCAAAAGGCACUUGGACUCCUCUUCAUGCUGAUGUUUUCAGGUCAUAUAGCUGGUCAGCGAAUGUGUGUGGCAAAAAACGGUGGCUUUUCCUCUCUCCUUCUCAAAGUCAUCUUGUGUUUGGCAGGAAUAUGAAAAGCUGUGUAUAUAAUAUUUUUGAUGAUGUUAGUGAAACUAAUGUUCCUGGUUUUGCAAAGGCUAUCUGGUUGGAGUGCAUUCAAGAACCAAAUGAGAUUAUCUUUGUGCCUAGCGGAUGGUAUCAUCAAGUCCAUAAUUUGGAAGAUACAAUUUCCAUAAACCACAACUGGUUCAAUGCUUAUAAUAUUCGUUGGGUGUGGGAUUUACUUUUGAGGGACUACUACGAGGCUAAGGAGUACAUAGAAGACAUCAAGGAUAUAUGUGAUGAUUUUGAAGGUCUCUGCCAGCGGAACCUUGCCGCUAAUACAGGCAUGAACUUUAGUGAUUUCUUAAUCUUCCUAGCACGGUUCUCUCUGGCCAACUUGAUCCAACUUUGUUAUCUUGCUAGAAAGAAUGGAAAUCACACUCGGAAUUCAUCCCCAAUAGCUCAGAACUUCACUUUCAACCUUGCAUCAAUUCAAAAAAUUGCAUCGAAUAUAAAAUCUAUGGAAGAUCAGACAGGAAGUCAUGGAUUUCAUUUGGAUUUCCGGGAAGCCUUAAAUGAUCCCGAGUUCUCUAAACUUUGUACUGUUUUGGGAAGACAAUAUGGGAUGGUACACAUGGAACCAGACUGGAAUUACAAUACAAAGAAAGCUUGGUUAGAUGAUAUGAGGUACAUGGAAAUUCUAGGAACUUGUAGCUCUGAGGUCUCUACUGCCAGUGAUCUUGUUAAAUUUGUAGAGCAUGCUGUUGCAGAAUUCGUGGGUGUUUGAACUGCAAGAUUUUUCGCUGUCUAAUUUAAAAAUGAAAACAGUUAAAUGAGAAUUGAUAUCCCGCUACAAGAUGUCCAAGGUGAACUACUUGGACAACGCCAAGAUAUAAAUCUGCCUGCAGCACUGCUUAUUUGGCUUAUGAACGUCUGACAAUCUGCCUGCAGCACUGCCUACUUUGCAUAUGAAGGUUUGAUGAUCUUCCUGCAGCACUGCCUAUUCGGUUUAUGAAGGUUUGAUCUUCGGUUGUGGGAUCCAAAUAACAAGAACAGUGGUUGGAAAACCCUAUGAGUGGUAUUUGCCUUUGAAGUUGCUGAUUCUUAUUGUCUUCGUGCUAACUCACUGAAGUUUGAACAACUCUACCGAGUCGGUGAAUUCACUGGUAUCAUUCUAUGAAUCUAUAUUUUCUUUUCCUCCUUGCACCUCUGUAUAUAUGUUCUACUUGACUGAAAUUCAUAUGAUGAUUAAGCAGUUCAGCUUGCUUUACUUUGAA